AUGAGUGGAAAGCCAGAGCUCGGACUUCUCGGCGGUGGCCAACUCGGCCGAAUGCUAUGCGAGGCCGCAUCACCCCUCGAAGUUGAAAUCGCCAUCCUCGACGCUCAAGACGCCCCAGCCAAACAAGUCUCCCGCAGCAAGUACCACGUCGACGGAUCUUUCAAGGACUCCGCCAAGAUCAGGGAACUUGCCUCGCACUGCAAGGUCCUCAGUGUCGAGACGGAACACAUCGAGACUGCUGUUCUCGAGGAGCUGAGCAAGGAGGGCAAGGUUGUUGUCUACCCUUCAUGGAAGACCUUGCGUCUUAUCCAGGACAAGUAUGAGCAGAAGGAUUAUCUUGGCAAGCAGGGCAUUCCUAUUGCUGAGCAGGUCGCUGUUCAAGCGUCGGGUAGUGAUGACAUGCGUGCUGCUCUCAAGGAUAUUUCCAACAAGUACGGCCUGCCUUUCAUGCUCAAAUCGCGAAAGGAUUCUUACGAUGGACGUGGAAAUAUCAAGAUCGCCAACGAUCACGACAUCGAGACAGCCGUGACCGAGUUUGGAAACCUACAAUGCUAUGCUGAAAAGUACGUCCCCUUCCAACGUGAGCUCUCCGUCAUCGUCAUCCGCACAGAGGACGCCGAUGGUAAGACAAAGCGUCUGGUGCCGUACCCGGCCGUGGAGACUGUCCAUGAGGACAACGUCUGUUCGCGCGUUUACAUGCCUCCACGCGACACCCCCGAUGCUGUAUCCAAGCGUGCCCAGGAGGUUGCUGUCAGUGUGGUUGAGAAGCUCUGGGGACGAGGCGUUUUUGCUGUUGAGAUGUUUGUCACUGAGAACAAUGACAUCCUCGUCAAUGAGAUUGCUCCCCGACCUCACAAUUCCGGACAUCUCACAAUCGAAGCAGUGCCCUACAUGUCUCAGUACAAGGCCCAACUUACAUCCAUCCUCGACGAACCCCUCCCCGAAACGCUCGAGCCCCACGUCUCGUCCAGCAUCAUGAUCAACAUCCUCGGCGGCGCUUCACCAGAAUCUCAUAUCCCUCUGGUCAACAAGGCCAAGUCCAUGUUUGCUCCUAAGAUUGGCGUCUAUCCCCACCUCUACGGCAAGCAAUCCAAGCCCGGGCGCAAGAUUGGCCACAUCACUCUCACUGGUCUGGAGGGGAGCAUCAAGGAUCUCGAAGAGUUUGCGAAGCCUCUUGUCCAAUUGGCGGCUGAUAUGCGCCAGGAGAGAAUUGAGGCCAAGAGCAAGGCUAUGAGACCUGAGCAAGCUGUUGUCAAGACUGCAAAGGACCCAUUGGUUCUUGUUACCAUGGGUUCUGACUCGGAUCUCCCUGUUCUCAAGGCUGGUCUUGAUAUUCUCACACAAUUUGGUGUCCCAUGGGAGGUUGAUAUUACUUCUGCACACCGAACGCCCGUCAAGAUGGGGGAUGUCGCUGUUGCUGCUGCUGAUCGUGGCAUCAAAGUUAUUAUCGCUGCUGCUGGAGGAGCUGCUCACUUGCCAGGCAUGAUCUCGGCUUACACGCCUCUCCCCGUCAUUGGAGUUCCCGUCAAGGCUACUCAUCUCGACGGAAUGGAUUCACUUCUCAGCAUCGUCCAAAUGCCUCGAGGUGUUCCAACUGCCACGGUGGGUAUCAACAACUCCACCAACGCUGCCCUUCUUGCCAUCCGCAUCCUCGGUGCUUUCAUCCCUGAAUACCUGGAGAAGAUGAAGGGAUAUCAAACAGACAUUGGAGAGCAGGUCAACGGUAAGGCCACCCGUCUGAGGGAGUCAGAUGUGGAAUCCUAUCUCGCCCAAAUGAAGAAGGGUUAG